UUUGCUGUAUCUGAGAGUUGUUUCUGAUUUCAUUCAGUGGUAAUUGAAAUGGAAGAUGAUAUAUUCUCGAGCCCUGGUGGAAUUCAAGUUGACCGUAAAGUAGUUCAGACAUUGCAGAAGAACUUUGUGCAAGUACAGAACAUCUUGGAUCAAAACAAGUUGUUAAUCAAUGAGAUCAACCAGAACCACGAGUCGACAAUCCCGGAUAACUUGACUCGAAAUGUGGGUCUAAUUAGAGAGCUAAAUAACAAUAUUAGAAAAGUUGUUGAUCUCUAUGCUGAUCUCUCCAGUUCCGUGGCAAUAUCUGUGGAGGCUUUCUCUGAGGGUGAAUCGACUAAUGCUAAUCAAUCAGAUCGAAGAGAUGGUCAGAAGAGAAUUAGGUCCAGCUGAUUGUUCUCAGUAAAUUAGCCCUUUCUUUAAAUAGGUUUGAGUAGAACAGGAUGGAUACAGAGGAUUCACAUAGCUGAUCCUAUUGUUUCUCAAUGUUGAUGAAAAAUCCUUUGACCUUUUGUAUCAGUUCUAGGCUUAUGGCCAUAACAAUUUGAAAUAAAUACUUUUUGGUCAAGUGUUC